AGCUAAUGUCAACCAGUUUCAUGGCUUCUCACUGCAGUGAGCAGAGAGAGAGAGAGAGAGAGAACUAAAAAUGGCUACUGAUGACAAAACCCUAGAAGUGACUUCUUCAUCAUCCUCUUCAUCGGACGGUUGGAAGGAGCGAAUUCUCAUCCCCACCCUCCUCGCAGGAAUUGCUGGCGGGGGAUACGGAUUGCUCUCGAAACAUAGCAAAGUUCACGGUCUCGCCAACAUUUCUGCGACUUACGCCGCUAAUUUCGCCAUCGUCACUGGUUGCUAUUGCGGUGCACGCGAGUUUGUGAGAGCGAGCAGAAAGGCUGAACCUGAUGAUUUACUGAACUCAGCAAUUGCAGGUUUUGGAAGUGGUGCAAUUCUUGGUCGCCUACAAGGUGGUCAGGCAGGUGCUAUACGUUACUCAAUCAUCUUCGCAGUUGUAGGAACGACAGUUGAUUUUGCUACUCUUAAACUCAAACCUGCUCUGAAGAGCUUCCGUGAAUCUAUGACAGGGAACAAUGACGGUUCACAGAAACAAAAUGGUGGGUUGAAGUUGCCUGAAUGGUCACCCAUCCAAAUACUGGAUGAGGAAGCUCUUGCCGCAAAGAAAGCUCGAGAACAGCUCUAUGCUCAAAGAAACGUCCAUAAUCUUACCAAAGAAGAAUCUUGAGUACUUGUUACUUCUCCAUGUAUCAAGUUUUGAUUUGUUUCCAUUUCUAUCUGGCAUUGGCUAAUAGAUGUAUUCCCUGGGUGUUGUUUUUGUAAAAUGCGAAUACAAAAUCCUGUUUUGUAACUUUCGUGGAAUAAAUUGGAUGAGAAAGCUGCAUGAUUUCACUCUCAA